AUGGGAACAAAACAGAACACUCUAUUAAAAAAAAUUACACAGACAAAAUUACCCCUAGGUAUAUACUCUCAUUCACACUUGACUCUUCUCAUUCUCGAUCAAACCUUGUUGGAUCCAAAGAAGAGUCGUAGCUGGACUUUGAUAGAAGAGGAGAAUCUUAUGAAUAUUUUACAAGAAUUGGUUGUUGAAGGUCAGAAACAACCAAAUGGAAAAUUUAAAGCAGGAGCACAUGAGACAACUGUCCAAAGAAUGAGAGCUAGAAUGCAAGGUAUUGACAUUACUUCUAAACAUGUGGUGAAUAAGUUGAAACGGUGGAACGCAAAAUAUGUUGCAGUGUUUGACAUGAUAAAUACAAGUGGAUUUGGAUGGGACGAGGCUAGGAAAUGUGCUAUAGUUGAUAGCCCAGAAGUGUUGCAACAAUAUUUAGCGCAUCACUCGAGAGCUCAAAAUGUUGUCAACAAACCUUAUCCUGAAUUUGAGAAGAUGCAAAUCAUAUUUGGAAAGGAUCGUGCUGAUGGUCACAUUGCUGAGUCAUUUGUUGAUGCUGUGGAAAAUACUAAACAGGAAAAUGAUUUAGGCAAUGGGGCCACUCAAGAAGAGAGUGAGAUUCCUAUUAACUCACCUCCACCUGUUAGUGCUCCAGGAUCAUCCUCAGUGUCUCGAGCUUCAAAAAAACGUGCUAGAGAAAAUGAUAGAUUAAUAGCAUGUGUUGAAGCUUUUGCUACAAGUGUUGCAACGGCAAAUAAUAAUAUGACAAUGGUGGCUCAACGCUUUGCACCUCCAAACCAAGAGCAUGACUUGGUUGCAGAUGAACUCAAAAAGAUGAACUUAACUCGUGUUGAUCGUAUUGAAGAAACCAUUAAGAUAGCAAAAUGUCCUACACUUACAGGGUUGUUUCUUAAGAUGGAUGGAGAAGACAGAGAUGAAUUCGUUAAUAACAUUCUCACGGAUUCCAACUAG